UAUUGGAGAAGGGCGGGAUUUUACGCAAAGUAAUUCAUUCUGUUUGCAAUGCAUUUUGUCCUGUGAAGAAGAGCAGCAUAACGUCUCAGUACCCAUUUGAAAAAGGAUUUAAUAGGAUUACGCCUUUACCCUUGGAUGCAUCAGCUACUAUUUCGGUGGAUUUAGUGGGCACGCGAAAUCGGAAUUUAAGCUCUCAGUCACGUUACUUCCGUAACCGAGGGCCUCUGCUGGAUAUCGCUUUAAAUUAAUGAAAGAAUCAAAUAUUUACAUUUGUGGAAAGUUUUCUACUAUACAGUCGAUCACACCGCUGUUUAGCAUAGGCACCAAACACAGGAGUUCUCUGUGGUAUCUGUGGAAUAAGGAGCUUGUCAGGGAGAUUGCUUUUAGCAUCGGGCUUCAACGAGACCCAGUUACCAGAGAUGAACUGGUCGACGCCAUUGCCUCGAAGCACUUCAAUGUAUGACGUCACCGGAAAUGGACCAACAACGAUGUUUCCAACCUCCAAUCGGACAAACGUCACAGUUCAUAACCAAGAACAGAUGAUAGAUUUUUUUCAGGAUGAGCAGAUAGCAUUUCUGGUGAUCCUACUCCUGUUGAUCAUCGUCGGCAACUCAACUGUCCUUGCCGCCAUUGCCCUGUCACGUGAGCGGAGAAGAUCCCGGAUGAACUUCUUUAUCAUGCAUCUAGCCCUUGCAGACUUCCUGAACGGACCCCUAAACGUGAUGAUAGACCUUAUCUGCAAAGUGACCAUAUAUUGGUAUGCUGGGAAUGUCAUGUGCAAAGUUAUACAGUAUACCAGGUCUGUGGUAAUGUUUGCCUCCACGUACAUGCUGGUGUCGCUCAGCAUCGACAGACUCGACGCCGUCGCUCGCCCCAUGCUCUUCAGUGGAAGCUGGAAGCGAGCGAGACUUCUGAUAGGUGGAGCGUGGGUACUGUCUCUCAUCUUCUCCAUCCCCAUGUUGGUGCUGUUCCACGAGGCGAACGUUCACGGAGGCCCCCAGUGUUACAUCACCAUGCAGCAUGACUGGCACUGGCAGCUUUACUUAACCCUGAUUGCCAUCAGUCUGUUUGUCGUCCCCGCCAUCAUCAUCUGCUUCUGCUACCUCGUCAUCAUCUUCACCAUCUGGCGGAGCAGCAUCCUGCUCAAACCUCAAGACACGCCCGAACAGAAGAGGGCAAGAAGGAAGUCCAAAGAUGAAGAACUUUUAACCGGGAGCCUGACAACUUCUCGGAGCGACAGCUGUACCAGUUCAAGGGGAAUUAUUCCUCAAGCAAAAGUUCGAACUAUUAAAAUGACUUUCAUAAUAGUUUUAGUUUUUAUCGUGUGUUGGAGUCCGUACUUUAUAUUCAACCUGUUUCAAGUGUACGGCUAUGUCCCCCACACACCAACCAUGGGAAAGAUAUCCACAUUUGUUCAAAGUCUGGCCCCAUUAAACUGUGCCGCUAACCCCGUCAUAUACGGCAUCUUCAGCACACGAAUCUGCAAAUACUUAAGAAGAGUGUACGUGUUCCGGAAGUUGUCUGAACGAUGGUGCCGGUGCUGCAAUGACGACUCCCCGCGAGGAACGUCUGCGACGGAGUACACCAGCAUGUCGGAAACAGACGAUAUCCGGUUGACCGCUGACCCAGGAACGUCAUCACGAGUUGGCAGGGUGCCGUAUGUGCGGCAAAAACUGUCGGAAGCGGACCGAGAAAUCCUUUCUCUCCAUGUGACGUCUCAUAAUAUUUGAGCGAAUGAAAAACGAAAAGUUUUGCAAAAAAUAUAUAUCUUUUUCCCGAAAACAAAAUAACAACUUAUGGUGAAAGGAUCGGGACUACACUGGGUUUUUGAUGUGUGUUGUAAGACCCGAUCGAGGCGGCAGGAAGGGUAUGUGAAAUACCAUUAGACACAUUGACAUACGCUAAAAUUAGCGGAUUUGUAAGUUCUUUCUACAGUUGUACCUUUGUUUUCAAUGUUAUAUUGUCAGUACUGAUAACCAAUGAAUAGUGACCGCCCAGUGCAAUGUCCAUGUCUCCAGGACCAGAGUCUCUGUGUUAGGAAUGACGGCGUGAAAACUCUUUGAUUACCGCAAACAGCGUUGGUCGGUCUACACAUCGUGCACUUCAGGGUCUGUGGGUAGAUGCAAAAUAAUUGAUCCGAUGUCCUGUAAAGCUGAAAUACAGCCCGUGGCGUUAAUCGGAUACAGUUUUGUGCUACUACAAUUACGACAAAGACCAAGAGUGACAACGGUGAAGGUCGACCUGAAGAACAUCAAUACAAAUGACGUUCAUGUAUUGGGCAUAUUCUGCACCGAUACUGCUCAGAUUAUUUUCAUGUUCUGACAGAGACUUAUGGACAAAUCCUGUUGUUGUUUGUUGGGAUGUAUUUACACGUGCGACAGAUUAUAUUGUUCUUGUUCUA